UUCCUACGCCGUUUUUAAUUGCCAAAUUAUGUUACUCUUUUCAGCCCAGAUAAAAACAAAAUUUAUUUGAUAGUUUGCGGCGGGUUGCCACCACAUGUCCGAUGGCUGCAACAAUCAGCUGUUCCAGGGCGCUUUUGGUGUUCUCCAACACCCUUGUUAAUCAAAAAUCGCAAUGUCGUUUGUUUUGGAACGGAAUCGCUGAAGGUCGCCCUAACUCGGACGAAUGCAAAAUGACUGCUAUCGUCGAGGAAAGCAAGGGUCUACUGCCCCGCAUCGCUCUGAUAGCGUGCGGUUGCUUUAGCCCGCCAACGCCGAUGCAUAUGCGACUGUUUGAAAUAGCCAGGGAUCACUUUGAGAUGCAGAAGACACACAAGGUUGUUGGCGGUAUUAUAUCUCCUACACACGAUUCGUACGGAAAAAAAGGCCUGGCCUCCGCAUUGGACCGGUGUGCAAUGGUUAAGCUGGCCACGCAGAGCUCCUCCUGGAUUCGGUUGUCCGACUGGGAGAUGCACCAGAAUCAGUGGAUGAGGACGCAUGCAGUUCUGCAGCACCAUCAGAACUUCAUUAAUAAUUACAUAAAUUGCGGAGGAGGAGAUGGAGACGAAGAAUCAAAUGGCCACCUGCCUAAUUGGUUGCCUCGUGGACUCAACGACCGAAGAGAUCCUGUGCAGCUCAAGCUUCUGUGCGGUGCCGAUUUGCUAGAGUCCUUCGCAGUACCGGGUCUGUGGGCAGAUGCCGAUAUUGAAAAUAUUGUGGCCAAUCAUGGUCUAGUAGUCAUCAGCCGUGCAGGCUCCAAUCCAGGAAAAUUCAUCUUUGACUCUGACAUCUUAACGAAAUAUCAGAACAACAUAACUUUAAUCACCAACUGGGUGCCUAAUGAAGUCAGUUCGACAUUGAUCCGACGGCUUCUUGGACGCGGUCAGUCGGUGAAGUAUCUCCUGGAUGAUCUGGUUUUGGAGUACAUCAAGAGACAGCGCUUGUUUAACAUUAAAUCUAAGUAUAUAACGGAUGCAGUGCGUCCUACCCAUUUGCUCUUUAAUCACGCCUACACGGACAACAACAACAAGUUUGCGGACAGCUACCCGUUAGGCAGCCACUUGGAGCAGGACAUGGAUGAAUCCGACAGCCCGAGCCCGAAUCCUCAACCCUCGGCCACUUCCCGGGUCUUCUGUUGCGGCGAAACCACCCCUAGAGGCUCCAAGUUGCUGCGUGUUGGGCCGGGACAGGCUGUUCAGGUCAUCACGAUGCAGUCAGACGAAAAGGAAGAAAGUCUGGCAAAGAAACAGAAGAUUUCGCAGGUGCAGCUUUAAAAAGACAAAGGAUUUAAUCUGAAAACGAAACAUUCAGGAGCGCUGGAAGCUAUUUGUUGAUAUUGUAGACUCAUAAAUACAAAAUAAUAACGUUCUUAACACA